UGUCCGGUCUGUCCCGGCAUAUCGGUCUCUUUACGUCUCUGCCGUGCUGUCGUUCGAUCGUGCCGCUCUUUGACGAUACAUUUUAUACACCGCCCGUGUCGGCUAAACAGUGUGUGAAAAUUUUCAUCCGUUUUAAUCUGUUUUUAUAAUUGUCUUUUGUAACCAAACGCAAAUCAACCAUGGGUAAAGAAAAGGUACAUAUCAACAUUGUUGUCAUUGGACAUGUCGACUCCGGUAAAUCCACAACCACUGGUCAUUUGAUCUACAAAUGUGGUGGGAUUGACAAGCGUACCAUUGAAAAAUUCGAAAAGGAAGCCCAAGAAAUGGGAAAAGGUUCCUUCAAGUAUGCUUGGGUAUUGGACAAAUUGAAGGCUGAACGUGAACGUGGUAUUACUAUUGAUAUUGCUUUAUGGAAAUUCGAAACUGCUAAAUAUUAUGUCACCAUUAUUGAUGCUCCUGGACACAGAGAUUUCAUCAAAAACAUGAUUACUGGUACAUCUCAGGCUGAUUGUGCUGUACUUAUUGUUGCUGCUGGUACUGGUGAAUUUGAAGCUGGUAUUUCCAAGAAUGGACAAACCCGUGAACAUGCUUUAUUGGCUUUCACUCUGGGUGUGAAACAGUUGAUUGUUGGUGUAAACAAAAUGGACUCCACUGAACCACCAUACAGUGAAGCUCGUUUUGAAGAAAUCAAGAAGGAAGUAAGCAGUUAUAUUAAGAAAAUUGGUUACAACCCAGCUGCUGUUGCUUUUGUCCCUAUCUCUGGAUGGAAUGGUGAUAACAUGUUAGAAGUUUCUGAUAAAAUGCCAUGGUUUAAGGGAUGGAAUGUUGAGCGUAAAGAAGGAAAGGCUGACGGUAAAUGUUUAAUUGAAGCUUUAGAUGCUAUCCUACCACCAAGUCGUCCAACUGACAAGGCUCUUCGUCUUCCACUUCAAGACGUGUACAAGAUAGGAGGUAUUGGAACAGUCCCUGUUGGUCGUGUUGAAACUGGUGUAUUGAAACCUGGUAUGGUUGUUGUCUUUGCACCUGCCAACAUUACUACUGAAGUAAAAUCUGUGGAAAUGCACCAUGAAGCCCUUACUGAAGCUGUUCCUGGAGACAAUGUUGGAUUCAAUGUAAAGAAUGUAUCAGUUAAAGAAUUGCGUCGUGGUUUUGUUGCUGGAGAUACUAAAUCUAAUCCACCUAAGGCUGCUGCUGACUUUACAGCCCAAGUCAUUGUAUUGAACCAUCCUGGUCAAAUCUCAAAUGGUUACACUCCAGUUUUGGAUUGCCAUACUGCUCACAUUGCCUGCAAAUUCGCUGAAAUCAAAGAAAAAUGUGACCGUCGUACCGGUAAAACUACUGAAGCUAACCCAAAAGCCAUCAAAUCUGGAGAUGCUGCUAUCAUCACCUUAGUACCUUCAAAGCCAUUGUGCGUUGAAGCUUUCUCAGAAUUCCCUCCUUUGGGACGUUUUGCCGUACGUGACAUGAGGCAAACCGUUGCUGUUGGUGUUAUUAAGAGUGUUAACUUUAAAGAUUUAUCUGCCGGUAAAGUAACAAAGGCUGCUGAAAAAGCAGCUAAGAAGAAAUGAAUAGGCCUAGCAGUAGCGCAUACACGUCCUUCAGUUAGGUCAAACGAAAGUUGGCAUAGGUGUCAGACACCAUCCCAACUUCUUAUACUAUCCAAAUGGCUGUUGCAACCUUGUUUUCAUCGUAAAGAAUUUCGCAGGAAAAAAUUGUGUUGUGUGCUACUCAAUAUUAUAACAUGAUAAAAUUUUGUUUUUAUAUUUUAUUUAAUUGCAACAAUUUUUUAAAAUUUGUUUUUAGUUUUGUUCAAAUGAAUUCAUAAGUAACAUUAUUUUAUUAACUAUGUUAAUGUAUUGCAUUUUGAAGAAAUUUUUCUCUUUUGAACUCUAUUUCUAUGUAAGUUAUAAUUUUAUAACCUUAUAUUUCUUAAAAAAAAAAAAAAAUUUUUAACUCAAUUUACUGCAUCUAUGACUACAAAAUCCAUUUGGCCCAACUGAAAGCAUUAGCUGCCAACGCCUAUAUACUUUGUGUUUAAUUUGUUUAAUAACAACAUCAAAUAAACGCAUUAUAUUAACUAUUUUCUUUCCAAA